GAAGGUCUGGCUAGGGGUGUCUCUAGAGGGUACCAUGGAGAUGAAUAUGAAUGGCACUGCAUACUCAGGCUAUUGAUGACGGUAUGCUAGUAUUUCACCGACGAGGUUCGGGUGUUCUGCAGCUGGCCGGCUUGGCCCUUCGCCCAAUCGAUCAAGAAGAAACAACCGACUUCCUUGUAUAUGGUCUGACUAAAGAAGACUAUCGUCCAAGGGUGCUGCGAAGGCGAUCAGGGAUAACAUCGAUGAAGCUUGACAUAUGCUGAUGAAUGUUUGCAGUAUUCUGGAACAACACGGACACAGAAUGCAUCACGCAUGCAUCAAACAUGGCUCCAGCCCUUGCUCAGCUUCGUAUUCACGAGCCUCAGCCUGAUCCACCAUCAACCCUUUGAUGAUGCGAUUCCCCCUUUCCACUCGCGACAAUCGCGCAACAGCCCGCGCGAACUGAGACCACAUGUUCGAUUCUCGCCAAGUCUUUGUCCCAGACAUUCUACAAGUUCACCAGACGUUUCGAAGCAAGCAACAUGGUAUUAUACUCCUGUCUUCUCUAAGUACAUUCAUGGCCUGAAGCUUGAAGUUCGGAAAGGGACGCGUAGAUUGUGAUGUUCGUCGGUUGAAAAUGUCAGUUACUACACAGCGGACU